AUGGUAUCAACUAACAAUCCUUGGCAUUUACUUCGUGAACAAUUAAUGCAAAUAGAAGAUAUUAUGGGUCCAUCAGCACCCUAUGAAAAAUCUAUGAGAAAUAUUCUCAAUGAUAAUCAAUGGAUUGAAUUCGAUAUUGAUAUAUUAAUAUCUGAAAAGGUUAAUAAUAAAUCAGGUUCAAUUAUUUCGGUUAAUAAAUUUAAUCAAUCAAUUGUAAUAACAAAUAUUUUAAAUAAUGAUGAAUCACUUCAUCUAUUUGAUAUUAUUCUUUCAUUCAAUGAAAUGAAUUUUAAUGAUAUGCCAAAAGAUACAGCACAAUGUAUUAUUAAUGCACAUCAAGGUAAAAUUGUUAAACUACGUAUUCGUCGUUUACUACCAUUGAUGAUUGAAAAAAUUGAAUUGAAUUUAUAUAAAAAUAAUCGAAGAAAUUCACAUGAACUUGGUUUUACAAUUGAUGGUGGACUUGGAAAAAAUAAAGAACAUGAUUCAGGUUUAUUUAUUAUUGGUAUCAAACCAAGAGGUCGUGCAGCAACGAAUGGUUGUUUACGAAUUGGUGAUCGUUUAUUACAAAUAAGCAAUACAUAUAUUACUAUUAAUUUACAAUGUAUUCAUUUAGAUGAUGCAUUAAAAUUAAUUAAACGUAUGAGAAAAGAAUCAACAUCAAUUACACUUGUAAUUGCUCAUCCAACAUAA